AUGGAAUCCGAAAACGUGUUCGAUAUGUACUGUGAUCCCAAGGCUCCUGAAGCUCCUUCGAGCAAGAAGAAAGCGAGCUGGUGGCAUCAAGGGGAAAGCAGUAAAGCGCCUCUGGCCAAGAAAACCCAUACUGCAGACCCUUCAGCAGACGUACCCUCACCAAAUGCAACACCACCUCCUUCUCCCCUCGAGCAGCAAACUCCGCCUGUUCCAGUCGGGUCGACACCUUCCCCAACAGCUCCAACUGAACAGACUCAGCAGACUGCCCCUGCUUCCACAGGGGGUGACAUAUCGAGCCGUGCCCUGAGAUCAGCCAAGGACAGGAGGGCCAAAAUUUUGAAGCAUGAACGUUGCUGA